GUUGCACUGGGCGCCGCCUCGCCCGCACAGCCGCCGAACACAACGCGCGCUGCCGUAUAACAUUAUCACGCCGAGGACGGUGACGACGUUACGGGCGGGCAGUGUACCGUUCAACACUGCACAGCACUCACCGCCGCCGAUAGCGUUUUCGAACGAUAUUCGGAUCCACCGCGCUCGCUCUCUUGGUGACGGAAUUAUUGAAUUAUAUUAUCAUCCUGCCGCGCAUGUCGUCCGAGACCAAUUACCAUCAGCGUUCUGUACGCGUAUGUCUGUUUUUCUACCCGAUUUGUGGUCGUGUACGAUAUGACAAAACGCAAUAACGACCAACGACGACGUCGACGCGACGGCGAAGACUUCGCGGCCUUCACUUCCCCGACAAUAGAAAUUGAAACGGACUCAUCUGCAGUGGGGAUAGAGGCUGCAGUCCUGCGGGCGAUACAGAAACAACCUCGGAGUGUGGACUUGGAGGAUACCGUAUGUUGAUAGAACAAAUUAUUUGAUAGAAAUAUUAUGUAACGAUGAAUGACAAUCACGUAAAGUCGUAUAGUACGUAAUAUACGAUUUGAUAAUAUCGUACAAUACAUCGAGUAUUAUAACAGCUACGUCACGGAGCUUUGAGCUAGUGCCGCCGCGGCUGCAGCAGGACGUCCGGUCGGCCACCCGGUGAUGGGGCAUCACAAUCACACCGUCGAGUCGGCAAACAACGCGUUCGCACCACCAUCACCGGCAUCUGCAUCACAGCCUCGUUCGUCGCGGGCCAUCACAACUCUGCGGGACGUGAUCGGCACCACCGCUGCGACGGGCCGCAAUCUGCACAACAGCAGCAACAGCAACGACCGCGGUGCUGGCAAUUGCACCGGCGCAACGUCGACAAUCACACCGGUGGCGGCCGCAAUGCAGAACGGAACGGCCGUGCCGGACCGUUCGGCUAGCGACUACUAUUACUAUUACGCGUACGACAACGCUACCGAGACCGCCCUGUUCUUCCCGCUCAACGGCUCUGCGGCCGGCGGACGGACUGGGCCGUUCGGGAAAUCCAACUGCCAGUGGAUACCCGCCCAGCAGAGCCUUUUCCAGUUCUCUAACAUUUGUUUCCUGACCGCUUUCAUAGUUCCCAGGAGUUACAAGCUCAGCGUGUUGUCACUGAGGGCGUUGCUGUUCUUAGGGUUUCUGAUCUCGGGUCUUUGGGCAUCCACGGACGUGUGUGCGGUGGAUGCGUUGUUCUGGUACGGAUCACUGGCUCUGAUCAACGGCAUUCACACGCUUAAACUGUGUAAGAAACUCAUGCCACCAGCGCUAUCUGUCGAACUCAUGGAAUUGUACUUGAGGGUGUUCAAGCCGCUCAAAGUCAGCCAGAAACACUUCCGGGAGCUAACGCGGGAGGCGGCCAUCGAGGAAUUGUCUCCCGGCGAGUGUUACGCGGUCGAGGCGGUGACGGCCUGUGAUCAGCGACUGUCCAUUCUACUCAGAGGCAGGUGUGGUGUUACUUGCGAAGGUACACAGUUGCACAAUAUCAGUUCGUAUCAAUUCAUUGAUUCGCCCGAAUGGAUGGCUUCAGCUCUAAUGCACGGAGAAACUAUGUUCCAAGUAACGAUAACGGCUGCUGAAGAUUGUGUUUACUUAUGUUGGCAACUUUCAAAGCUCAAUCGGAUAUUUAAACACAGAACCCAAUUGCACGCUGUACUUACUAGUAUCAUAGGUAAAGACAUAACGCACAAAAUGUACUCGCUGAACGAGCAGCUUGGUCAAGCAAAAAGUUUCGAUGAUCAGACGCGUGCUGCGCGCAACGACCAUUGGCGGCAAGCGAUUUACAGAAGCGUCAGCUAUGACGCCGUCAACACGGGAACAAAAGGAACGGUCAGGUCGAACGCUUGGAAACGAUAUAGAGACCGAAAGGCGUCGUUGUUCGCGGAUCCCGGCGAAAGUCCGGUGCACGGUCCGCGGAGGUGCUGGAUACCGGUGUUGACCACGCAACUUUCGGAUAGCACCACGGCAUACGCCAGCAUGGACGGGCAAUCGUCUUCGGCCGACGAGGAGCGCGAACCGAUGCUUCCCAGGGACCAGCAGUCGGGCGACAUCCCACUGUACCGGUUGGACGGACAGAAGCAAUCAGCCGCAGCGUCGGCGUCGACACCAGUGACAGCGCUGGAGACGAUCGACCUGGAGCUCAACGCGGAAGCGGCCCAGCGACCACGGCGCCCCAGCACAUUGCGGCGCCAAAACAGCAACGUCAGCAACAGGGUCGAAGUGAUUUUCGACGAGACGGUACUCUAAGAUGGCGUACACAAAUUGCUAUUUUAGGGAUCGAGGCUUAUUGCAUUUGCAUGUUUUUUCUGUAUGUCUAUUUUAUUGCUAAAUAAUAGCUAUAAAUUUGUUUUAUGCUAAUAAGAAUUUAUUCGUGAAUUUUUAAUAUACAAUUUUGGACAUUUAUUA